AUGAACUCCAAGGGUAAAGGCAAGGCCGAUGACACUUCAACCUCGGCGUCGACCGAUCAACAACUUGACCUGCUUCCCUGGGUGGAAAAGUACCGCCCGGCAACACUCGACGACCUCGUCUCCCACAAGGACAUCACCUCCACCAUCCAGAACUUCAUCGACAAGAAUCGUCUGCCCCACUUGCUCUUCUACGGUCCACCGGGAACUGGAAAGACGUCGACUAUCCUCGCCAUGGCACGCAAGAUCUUUGGGCCACAGUUCCGUAACAGCGUUCUCGAGCUUAACGCGUCCGACGACAGAGGUAUCGAGGUGGUUCGGGAGCAGAUCAAGAGUUUCGCUAGCACCAAGAGUGUAUUUAGCUCCAAGGGCGGUUUCAAGCUCAUCGUGCUCGACGAAGCUGAUGCUAUGACGCAGGCUGCCCAGGGUGCGCUCAGACGAGUGAUUGAGCAAUACACGAAGAACGUGCGAUUCUGCAUCAUCUGCAACUACGUCAACAAGAUCAUCCCGGCCAUCCAGUCGCGAUGCACGCGAUUCCGAUUCAACCCGCUCGAACUCGACCAGGUGGAAGAUCGCCUCAACCACGUCAUCGAAACGGAAGGCUGCAAGAUCACGCAAGAUGGAAAAGAAGCGCUGCUCAAGCUGUCGCGGGGCGACAUGCGUCGCGCCCUCAACGUGCUGCAAGCGUGCCACGCUGCUUCAGACAACAUUGACGAGACGGCAGUUUACAACUGUACGGGCAACCCGCAUCCUCAGGAUGUCGAGGCCGUGUUGAAGUCCAUGAUGGAGGACGAAUUCACCACGGCGUUCAGGACGGUGUCGGAGCUGAAGACGGCAAAGGGCAUUGCCUUGGCUGAUAUGAUCAGUGGAGUGUACGAUCUGUUGGCGACAAUCAAACUACCCGCCAAAUCUAGGAUUUACCUGUUGGAUCACCUCGCCGAUACCGAACAUCGACUGAGUACAGGUGGCUCGGAAAAGAUCCAACUCACCGCUCUGCUAGGUGCUGUCAAGGUCGCUGUUGAGCUCUCGCAGGCAUAA